AUGACAACAAGUAGCGGCAGCUCGGGAGGUAAAGGCCGUAUGAAGGCGUCUAUCGGGUCUGGAAUUCGCCCACCACGCUUCAGAAUCUCGACGUCGCCUCCAAGGAAGCGGCUUGAAGAGGAUUCCGACAGCUCUGCCCGUCGCUUCGAGAUGAGAAUCGAUGAGGAGGGCGGGGCCAGAAGAUCAAGAUGGCCUGGCCCGUCGAGCCAUGAUAGUACCGUAUCCCCGGAUCAUCACCUAAAAAUGCCGCCACAGCAAGUCGUCUCCAAAAGCUACAACAAGCAUGAAUGUCCCGUGUCGGAUUAUUGUAAUCAGCUAACGAUCCAGCAGGAGCCAGUCCAGAUUGAGCUCCAAAGGGAAACGCUAGCCAAGCACGAGAUGGGCAGGAUGCUUGGGGCACCGGAACACUUCAUCAGGCUGAUCAAGGGCAAGAAGGCACUAGAUGUUGGGACCUUCACCGGCGGUUCAGCUCUUGCCUGGGCGUUGGCGUUACCUGCAGACGGACAGGUAGUUUCAAUGGAUGUCAGCCACGCGGCCUUGAAUUCUAUUGGAAAGCCGAUUCUCCAAAAAGCACCUGAAGCUUUGAAGAAGAUUGACUUCAGAUUGGCACCGGCUUUGGAAACGCUAGAUAGCCUUAUUGCCAGUGGAGCUUCCGGAACUUUCGAUUUUGCCUUCAUCGAUGCCGACAAAACGGCAUAUCCGGAAUAUUACGCAAAAACCAUGACUCUUCUUAGAAGCGGAGGCGUUAUUCUUGUUGAUAAUGCCCUACGCGGAGGAAAAGUUGCCCUGCCCGAAAAAGACGAAAGCUGCACCGCCAUUGAUGCUUGCAAUCGUCAAAUUUUUGCGGAUACCAACUCCAACUCCUUCCUGAUUAACGUCGGCGAUGGGCUGCACGUCGCUUUCAAGGCU